UAUCAUAAGCACCCGUUGUCGGUAAUAUUAUGUCAACAAGUCAACUAAAAAUUAUUUAAUUAUUAGUUAUUACAGUCUUGCAGACAAACAGACAAUAGUAUUUACUCUCAAUAAUGAAUAAAAACUUCAACACAGAGUUCUAAAGUACCUAUUCGAAUAAGCACAUCAAUCGUACGCGAUCAUGGAAUCUAGCGGUAAAAAGUAUGGAUUGAUUGUGCCAAAAAAAGCAACAGAGGUUCCGAGGAGGAUUACUAAUGUGUUUGGAGAUGACAGUGAUUCUGACUCUGAAACGUCAAAAAAACCCAUUCAAACUUAUAAUCAAACUAAAGCUCAACAAAGAAGUGCACAAUUAUCUAUUGACAAGGCACUCAAAGAAGAUGCAACAGUAUUUCAGUAUGAUGAAGUUUAUGAUGACAUGGAGAAAAAAAAAGAACAUCACAUUGAGAAAAAGAAAGAUGUUAAGCCGCGAUACAUACAAAAAUUAUUAGUCCAAGCUGAGAAACGCAAAAUUGAAUAUGAACGUAGAAAUGAAAGGUUAAUUCAAAAAGAAAGAGAAGCCGAAGGAGACCAAUUUAAAGACAAAGAAGCAUUUGUCACUGCUUCGUACAAAGCAAAACUAGAAGAGUUAAAAAAACUGGAUGAAGAAGACCUAAAGUUUUCCAUGAUUGAAGACAUUAAUGAUGUUACAAAACAGAAAGACAUGGGUAGUUUUUACAGGCAUUUAUUUAAAGAAGAAUUAUGCAAGAAUGAAAAUGAUAAAAUUGACGAAAUGAAAAAACCCAUUAAGAAGUCUGAUGCAAGUCGUCAAUAUAGAAAACGUGCUUCUUCAAACACUUCAGAAGACGAUAAUAAUGCUAAUGAUGAUAGAGAUACUGACAUAUCAGAUUCUGAUUCGUCUGUGGAUUCAAAGCGUAGAAAAAUUGAAAAUCAUGACGAUAAAAAAUCUCCAGAUGAAAUUGUAGAUAAACCUGAAGAAAAAUUAAAAGAAUCAACUGUGGAAACAACAAAAAUUGAUGUAAAGGAUACAUCAUCAAAUGAAGAACCAAAAUCAGAAUCAAAAGAAGAAACUAAAGAGAUACCUAAAGACAAAAAAGUCGAAAAAAAUGAAAGUAAACCAAAAGAAAUUAAACCCAAAAUAAAUAUUUGGUUAAAGAGGACAGUUGGUAAUGUUUUUGAAGAAGCACGUCAAAGAUAUUUUCAAAGACAAAUGAAACAAACUAAUCUACAAUAUGUUAGAUCUUAAAAGUAAUAUUAUUUUUAUUUCACUAAUAAUAUGCAUAAAAUAAAUAUAUAAUACAAAUACAUUUCUU